CUUUGUCUCAUUCUUCCAGCACCUUUUUUUUUUUCUUCAUCCUCACGAAACAAUGUCGGCCAUGGAAGAGGAUACACAGACUGCAAAGGACUACUACUUUGACUCGUAUGCCCACUUUGGCAUUCAUGAGGAAAUGUUGAAGGAUGAGGUCCGCACCUUGUCUUACCGUGCCUCGAUUUACCAGAACCGCCACUUGUUCAAGGAUAAGGUCGUGCUCGAUGUUGGAUGUGGGACUGGCAUCCUUUCCAUGUUUGCUGCCAAAGCUGGCGCAAAAAUGGUUAUCGGAGUUGACAUGUCCAACAUUAUUAAUAAUGCUCGUGAGAUUGUCAAGGAUAACAAGUUGGACCAUAUUGUCACUUUAAUCCAAGGCAAGAUGGAAGAGGUUGAAUUACCUGUGGACAAGGUCGAUAUCAUUAUUUCUGAGUGGAUGGGAUAUUUCUUGUUGUAUGAAUCCAUGUUGGAUACCGUCCUGGUCGCCCGUGACAAGUACCUCGCUCCUGGUGGUCUUAUCUUUCCCGAUAAAGCUACGAUGUAUAUUGCUGCCAUUGAGGAUGGUGACUACAAAGAAGAGAAGAUUGGAUAUUGGGACAAUGUUUAUGGAUUCGACUACUCUUCGAUCAGAAAAAUUGCCCUCAAGGAGCCUUUGGUGGAUACUGUUGAUGCCAAGGCAAUUGUCACAACCGCCUGUCCAUUCAAGAGCAUUGACAUCUUGACUGUCAAGAAGGAGGACUUGAACUUUAAGGUUCCCUUCUCGAUCACAGCCACACGUGACGAUUACAUCCAUGCUUUUAUCUCAUGGUUUGACAUCUCGUUUGACGCAUGCCACAAGCCCGUUAACUUCAGCACUGCACCUUAUGCUCAGUAUACUCAUUGGAAGCAAACUGUCUUCUACACAAAAGAGGCUAUGACGGUCAAGAAGGAUGAGACCAUUACUGGAGAGCUCACAUGUUCACCUAAUGCUCGUAAUCCCAGAGACCUCGAUAUUGUAAUCGACUAUGAGUUCAAUGGCAAACAAAUGUCUCUUAAAGAGAAGAACGAGUAUCGCAUGUGUUAAAAAACUCAUCUUUGAUAAUUUUUGUCAAGGGGAGAUUUUCUAGGAAUUAUUUUUUGAAUUUGAUUUUUGUUUUAUUUUCAUUCUCUCCGUUUAUAUCCGUCACCUUCUUGCCAUUUCCCAAAGAAUAGACAGAAGCAUAGGCGAAGAAGCUUCAAACCUGUACAAUAAAAACUUGCAUUGAGUGCUUGAUUUAUUUAAAAAAAAA